UGAGCCUGCACACGCCUGUGAAAGAUGUUAUCCAGGUGAGUUUCAGGCAACCACCCCUGAGGAUAAGGCAUUUUUUUAAUCAAAGAAGAAGAAACAGAUUACUUGACGGAAGAAGAAGAGUGAUGGGUCAGGGACACUCCACCAGCUAUCCUCAGGUGAUCCUCAUGGGGCUGGACUCUGCUGGAAAGUCAACCAUCCUGGCCAGGUUACUGACUGGACAGGUAAUGGAGACCUCUCCAACCAUCGGCUUCAACGUGGGAAUGCUGGACCUGGACAAGAAAACGUCUCUGACCUUGUGGGAUGUUGGAGGGCAGAAACAUAUGAGACCCAAGUGGAGAAGCAGUAUUUGGUUGUUGAUGAUGGUGCUGCUGCUGUCUUUGAGGCUGUACCUGGAUGACUGUGAGGCGCUGGUCUUUGUAGUAGACAGCAGCGAUCAGAGUCGGAUGGCGGAGGCUAAGGCGGCUCUGAAGAAGAUUCUGGGUGAAGAGAAGCUGCAAGGAGUUCCUCUCAUGGUUCUGGCCAACAAGAAGGAUCUACCCAAUUGCAUGAACAUCCGGGAGGUGUCCAACCAGCUGGAACUCCCCAGCUACACAGACAGACAUUGGGAGAUUCAGGCCUGCAGUGCCGUAAAGGGACUCGGCCUCCAGCAGGCCUUCAUCUCAGUCAGCAAGAUGAUCAAAAAACCAAUAAUUUAGCACUGAAGCUGCUUGUAUCAGUAAUAAAACAUUUAUUUUUCAAAUGGUUUAUCAUGUUGAUUGACAUCAAAUCAAUAUUUUAAAUGAUCACAUCAGGUUUUCUAGUUCUUCAGCUCUUCAGACUUGAGUAUUGAUACAGUGGUUUGCAAACGUAUUCAUACCCCU